UCGAGUGGGAGAAGUAUCCGAGGACCUUCGCACGAAUAUACAAGCUAUUCAUGUAUGCUGUUCGUGCACGGUGAUAAGGCCGGACGCUGAUGCGAAUGGCUUCCCUUUCAAUUCGCCAUGGUCGCAUCCUUCCCCGGCCUCCUCUCUCGCGGCGAGCUCCUCGACCUGCUUCACAACUCCACCACUGUCUCCCGAGUCCACCAAGUGCAUGCCCAGCUGAUCACCCGAGCCCUGUUCAGCGACCCGUUCGUCGCAAGCCGGCUCCUUUCCACCAUCUGCGAGCUCUCCGCCCGCGUCCCUGCGUCUUAUGCCGAUCUCGUCUUCUCCCAGAGUCAUCAGCCAAGCACUUUCUCCUGGAACACCAUCAUCAGGUUCCAUGUCCGGUCCUCAAACCCCAACAAGGCCGUUCUGCUCUUCGCUCGAAUGCGUAAAGCUGGUGUCUUGACUGACCACUACACGUAUCCGUUUGUCCUCAAGGCCUGUGCUUUGCUGGCUGGACUCGAAGAAGGUGCUGCGAUUCAUGGGGAUGUACUGAAGAAAGGAUUGGGGGAGGAUCCGUUCGUGAUGAAUGGUUUGAUCAGCUUGUAUUGCAAGGGCGGAGAGAUCGCGGCGGCCCGGAAGCUGUUCGAUGGAUCUCGGUCGAGGGAUUUGGUAUCCUGGAACUCGCUAAUGGCUGGUUAUGUCAGCUGUGGAGACACCGCAGAAGCGGGGAGGCUUUUCGAUGCAAUGCCGGAGAGAGAUGCUUUCUCUUGGGCUAUCUUAAUCGAUGGAUACGGAAAGAAGGCCGGGGACGUCAGCCGUGCUCGUGACCUGUUCGAUAAAAUGCCCAACAAAGACCUAGUUUGCUGGAACUCCAUGAUUGAUGGGUACGUGGGACUCGGCAUGAUGCGCGCUGCCAGAGAGCUGUUCGAUGUAAUGCCCGAAAGGAAUAUUAUAUCGUGGAGCAUCCUCAUCGAUGGCUACGUGAAACAUGGGGAUCCAAAGGAAGCUUUGGAGCUCUUCCAAAGUAUGCUUGGUCAGGGUGUAAGGCCUGACGUAAUCAGUGCAGUAGGUGCCAUUUCAGCGUGUUCUCAGCUGGGUGCACUCGAUCAAGGUCGAUGGAUACACUCCUACGUGAAGAAGCACAAUAUCUUAUUAGAUGUUGUUGUCGAAACUGCCUUGGUAGAUAUGUACAUGAAAUGUGGAAGCUUAGACCUUGCCCGGUUGCUCUUCGACCAAAUGCCUAGGAGGAGUGUGGUCACAUGGAGCGUGAUGAUUGUAGGACUUGGCAUGAAUGGUUUUGGAUGUGAAGCUGUGGAACUUUUCUACCAGAUGGAAAGAAGAGGAGCAACGAUGGAUGAUCUGACAUUCCUCGGCGUUCUGACAGCUUGUACUCAUGCCAGGUUGGUCUGUGAAGGACGUGAGAUCUUUGACAGGAUGAGGGAUUUCAGGGUUGAGCCAAAGGUCGAACACUAUGGUUGCUUGGUGGAUCUCCUCAGCCGUGCAGGACGGUUGCAGGAAGCUAGAGAAGUCGUAGAAACGAUGCCAGGGACUCCCACCUCAAGUUUGUGGGGUUCACUGCUCGCGGCCUGUCGAACACAUCGAUGCGUGGAGUUGGCUGAGAUUGCAGUCGAGAAGCUGAAGAAGCUGGGAGCAGAUGAUGGCGGGGUGUAUGUCAUUAUGUCGAACAUAUAUGCAGCAGAGGGAAUGUGGAACCAAGUGUGGGAGAUGAGGAAGUUGAUGCGUGAAAGAGGGAUGAAGAAGGAAACAGGAAGGAGUGUAAUAGAGGUGGAUGGCAGCAUCCAUGAGUUUGUUUAUGGAGAUAGCUCACAUCCCUAUAAAGAGGAAAUAUAUGAAGUUCUUGGCAGUUGUCAAAUGCAAUGCCUUGAAAAGAUGGUAUCACUAAUCUUCUGAUUACUGCAUGAUACAUUGAAGUAUUUAACCACCGAACAAGUUUCAUAUAGCUAAACUCAAAUAGUUUUCUGACUGCUACCCCCUAAAAAAUUAACGAAAUAGGAUUCAUUUACUGAUAUGAAAAAUAUAUGAUGUGUUUGUUUGUGAAAAUGCAAGUGGAGCUCAACUCCAGUAAUUAAUGUCCUCUCAUGAACUUAUCAUGAAUCCUUAAAAAGAUGAAACUAGCAUGAUUAUGAAGCUUUGUCAUGCCAUUCAUGUCUAUGAUUAUUCUUAUCAGCCAAGAUAGGGAGUAUGUUUAAGGAAUCAAGUAACUGCAUGUUUUCAACCAAGAUCUUCCCUGUAUUCAUGUAUGUCAAGAUUUCUCUCAGAUCUGGCAUAUUUGAUUUCCAACUCUGUGAUCUCUGCUACUAAAUGAAUGUACCAUAUCCAUGCAUUCCAGUGUUCCACAGGUUCAGAUUGAAUCAAAAGCUCCUAUAGGAAUCCAGAUCCAUAGUAAUCACUUCUCACUGUCUCCUUUCUAUCUCACUCUCUGUGUUGCAGGAUAGUACCUACCUACAACAAAUAAAUGCAACUAACCAAGUUUUGCUGGUUGGAUGUGGUGAAUUCCAUGUUCGAAGUACCCAUUUGUCUUGUCUUUUCUCUGUUUUGUGAUUCUGAUGUUGGUGUCCUGAUCAUGCCUGGUUUUUUGUUGCCUUGCCAAUGCUUGUCUCUCUUUUCAAUAGAAAACAAUUGGAGGUGCCAUUUUGAUGCAGUGAGUCAUUGGAUUCUCUUGUGAAACCCACGAUAUGGGUUGAUAGCAUCCGUUCUAAGAGGAGGGAGGCAGACUUAAUGGAAUUAUCUCUAUGGAUGGAAGGAAAUCACCCUCUCCAGGUGGGAUACAACGAAUGGGCUGGUGGAAGUUGCCAUAGUUGCUGGAGAGGGUGCAUGAGGGAAUAGAAAAAGAAGGGUUAGAACGGAGAGGAAGGGAAGAAGAUGCCUACUCUUUGGAUCACACUGAAGAAAUCUCUCCAUAGCAAGUCUGGCAACCCUGAUGUCCAUGAACCAAAGGGCAGGAGCCAUCUUGGCACCCUCUUGAGAAGGAAGAGAUCCAGGGCUUGUUGCUCCAGAUCCAUAGCCGACCUCAGAGAUGUCAUCCAUGGAGCCAGGAGGCAGAUGGAGAAGCCAAACUGCAGCAGCCCAAGGUCUAUUGGGAGCAGUGAGGUGCUGAACCCCAUAGCCCAUGAGGUGGUUCUUAGUGACACCAGAUGUGAGCUCAAGAUAGCUACUGGACCAGAGAGUUACCAUGGGGGUGGUGGUGACGUGGGAUCCACCUAUGUGGGCACCCUCAGGCCUGGGACCCCAGGCCCUGGAGGAAGAAGCACCACAGCCCUAAGGAAGGCCACUUACAUCUUUGCAGAUAGACAGGGUUAUUCUUCACUUUCUGAUGCUGUUCUUGGCAAUGCUGGUGCUGAUCAUGCUUCUUUGAAAGUCUGGCCUUCUACUGGUCAGUCUAGUCCUUCACUCUGCCAUAGAUGUAGGGAGCAGUUUGGCAGAUGGGAGGAUUUGGAGGCACAUAAUCUGUCCAAGCAUGCAGGUAAAGGAGGGUAUUUUCUCUUCUCUCUUCCUGAUCUUUCUGUGCUUCCCUCUCUUGACAUUUUAGCAUUUCUUCUUUUUGAUGCUAUCUGUAGAUUCAAAUUAUAUUGUGUUGUCUGUAAACUGAAUAAAUUUCUGAAAUUGACAUUCUUAUUA